AUGCAAAAAUGCUGGAACCUGCUAUUGUUGUGGAUUUGUAUGAUAGAGCAGUUUUUAGACGGCCACGGCUUUUUGUAAGUUUUUCAGUUUUUUUCAAUUAAAAAUAAGGUUAAAAAUAAAAAUUUAAUUAUAUAAUUUUAAGAAUUAGCGAUAACUGUUAACAUUUUAUUGUUUUCAGACCAAAACCAGCCUCAACACCGGCAAAUAUAAAUAAAUAUACCUUUAUCACGCAACAAUCUUAUGACAAAUUUCUAGUAUACCUCGGUAAGUUUCCACAAAGAAAAAUGUCCUGCCCUCCCUUCUCCUACAAUCAAACGAUACUGUAUUUUACUCCCCCUCCCUACCUACCAUAUUAUACGCUAAAUCAUUAAAGCAACAUUCCAGAUGAUACAUGCCAAGUGCCUGAACAACAUAACGCUGAUGUCACGGUGAACCACGUAGAUGAUAGGUAUUUCGAAUGGGAACAGUUCAACUUCAACAAAGCUUUGUUACAUUACAUUUUCCCCGGAACUGAAGAAUCCAAUUUUGCGAAAAUUUUGAAACCAGAUCAGUUGAAAACUUUGGAUGACAGAUUUUUCGUUUCCGAAUUACCAACCAAUUGUACCAGUAGUGAGAAUGAUUGGACAUUCACGGCUAAAGAACCGGACGUUUUUCAGGAUAAUUUGAUUAAUUGGUACGGUUUUAAUAUUUUAAUUUGUAAAGAAAUUUAUAAUUACAAAGGAACAAUGUAAAAAUUUACUAUGACUUUCCAGUGCACAACCCCAUUUAAAAUCAUUUUUCAGGGUAUUCAACACAGACAGAGAAAAUUAUUAA